AUGACUGAGGAGAAGACCUUCCGAAUCGGCUUCAUUAUUUUGGGCCUUUUCCUGCUGUCCCUCGGCACGUUCCUUAUGAGCCACGAUAGACCCCAGGUCUAUGGUACCUUCUACGCUAUGGGGAGCAUCAUGGUGAUUGGGGGAGUCAUCUGGAGCAUGUGCCAAUGCUAUCCUAAGAUCACCUUCGUGCCGGCAGACUCUGACUUUCUGUCCCCAAAGGCCCUGAACCUGAUGGAGAACAGGCUUUUGGAGGUGAAGGGACCCAGCCCCCAACCCCCCUAUGUCAGGCUGUGGGAAGAGGCCGCCUAUGACCAGAGCCUUCCAGACUUCACACAUAUCCAGAUGAAGGUCCUGGGCUACAGUGAGGAUCCCAGGCCCCUGCUGGCCCCUGAGCUGAAGACGGGAGUCAGCAACGGUGGGGAAGGCGAGCCUCAUACUGCUCAGGCCUGGAUGGAGGCAGCAGUGGUCGUCCACAGGGGCUUGGAUGAGAAUGAGGGAGAAAGAUCUCGUGCCCAGAAGUGGCCCAGCCCUCCAACGUGUUCCCAAGGCUCUGCACCCUUGGCCUCGUUCCAAGAUGACCUGGACAUGGGUUCCAGCGAAGGCAGCAGUCCUCACCCAUCCCCAUCCAACAGAGAUGAGCCACGCUCACAAGUGUUCUGGGCCAGCAGGGGUCCAUUGGAUCACUUCAGUGACUUUGCACUCAUUGAUGACACCCCUACAUCAGAGGACAUGGUCCUGGAGGGGCAGGUGCGGGAGGCAGCUCUGCCCAGCAAGCAGCGGCAGUCCCUGAGGAUGAAGGAGAAGGAGAGUAUCCAUGCAAGUGCAGGGGAACCUGAGCAGGAGGAGGAAGACCUCUACUAUGGGUUACCAGACAGCCCUGGGGAUCCCCUCCCCGACAAAGAGCUGGACUUCGAGCCCGAUGCCCAGGGCUGA